AUGGAUGAACAAACAAAGUCAAGAGGUUUUAAAACAAUAUCGAACAAUAUUGAUUGGACGAUAUUAGCAACAGAAAUACCAAUAGAAGGAGAGGAGAUAUUUCAGAAAGUUGAAAGAAUGAAACAAAUUCUCUAUGUCUUAAAAAAUGGAUCUGUAAAGGAAAAUAUAGAUGUUGUUGAAUUUGAAAUUAUUAAAAUUGUUGAAAAGAUAUGUAUAGUUAUGCGUCCUAUAAAUGAAAUGAGGCAAUUUGAUGCUUUAGGAAAGUAA